ACAACAAGACCAAACAAAAAACAUACCCACAUACCAUUUAGUUUAAUUUCCUUAAAAAAGAUUGCUUUUUGUAGAUUGGUUUUUGAAAAGAAUGGAUCUUGCAUUGGAAGAAUUUGGUUUGGUGGUCAAUAACUGUGCUUAUGAUACUGAUUCACCUUUUAUUGAUGUUGGUUGUUGUAAAGACCAACAAGAACUAAGGGGUUGUUUGGAUACCUGUAAAGAACAACAAGAAGUAGAAGAAAAGUUACAAGAAGAAUGUAAUGAAAAAGAACAUCAAGUGAUUGGUGAAAGUAUUAGCUCAAAUUGUGAAUUUACAAAUUUGGAAAAUGAAGAAAAUGUUACUACUAGUUUUGAUGUGUCAUCUAUAGCUGAGAAGAAUGAGGUUAAGGAAGCUGUUUCACAUUGUGUUGAUUUGGAGGAACCACUUUUGGGUAAAAUUAAUUUAGAGAAACAAGGUUCCACAGCUGGCCUAUCAGAGAUUGAGAUGAUGAAAGAAAGAUUCUCAAAGUUGUUGCUAGGAGAAGAUAUGUCUGGUUGUGGGAAUGGUGUUUGUACAGCUUUGGCUAUUUCGAAUGCAAUCACAAAUCUUUGUGCCACACUUUUUGGACAAAUAUGGAGGCUAGAACCUUUGCGCCCUGAAAAGAUUUUGAUGUGGCGAAGAGAAAUGGAAUGGCUUCUUUGUGUGAGUGAUUACAUUGUCGAGUUGAUACCUUCUUGGCAGACUUUUCCUGAUGGAAGUAAACUUGAGAUCAUGACUUCUAGACCCCGGUCUGAUCUUUAUGUUAACCUUCCGGCUCUACGUAAACUAGACAACAUGCUUCUCGAGAUAUUGGAUAGCUUUGGAAAAACAGAGUUCUGGUAUGUUGAUCAAGGCAUCCAAGCUUUGGAAACAGAUGGUCCAGCUUCUUUCGGUAAAGUUAUCCCACGUGAGAAAGAAAAGUGGUGGCUACCGGUUCCUCGAGUCCCUGCUGGUGGCCUCAGUGAGAAUGCAAGAAAGCUGCUGCAAAAUAAGCGCGAUUCCACAAAUCAAAUACUAAAAGCUGCUAUGGCUAUCAACAACAUUACGUUAGCUGAUAUGGAUGUUCCUGACUCAUUUUUGGAAGCACUCCCAAAGAAUGCGAAAGGUAGCUUAGGUGAUCUUAUCCAUCGUUAUAUUUCAUCAGAUCAGUUUUCACCAGAGUGUUUAUUGGACUGCCUCGAUUUAUCUUCUGAGCAUCAUGCUCUGGAAAUUGCAAACCGUGUGGAGGCCUCAAUCUACAUAUGGCGGCGGAAAAAUAACACAAAGCAGCCUAUUAAUAUGGUAAGCAGGUCCUUUUCAAGGUCAUCUUGGGAUAAAGUUAAGGAUUUGGUAGCCGAUGUGGACAAAAGGGAAACGCUAGCAGAUCGAGCUGAGACGCUCUUGAUUUGCUUGAAACAGAGGUUCCCUGCCCUUCCCCAAAGCACCUUGGACAUGAGUAAAAUACAAUAUAACAAGGAUGUUGGAAAAUCGAUCUUGGAAAGCUACUCAAGAGUGUUGGAGAGCCUAGCAUUCAAUAUUGCUGCCCGUAUUGAUGAUUUACUUUACGUGGAUGACUUGACUCGACAUGCUGACAAGCUCUCAUCAAUUGCAAACCGUGAUAUUGUUUCCAAAACCAUUGUGGGGAAACCAUACACACUUCACGCCAUUACUACUCCUUAUAGAACUGCUUUCACCACACCAAGCCUCUCGCCGUCACGACUUGAUAGUCCUAAAAAACUAGGCCCUGUGAAAGUUCUAACCGAUUAUUUAACCAUUGAUCCGAAAGGUAAGCACUAUGCAGGUCAAGUGGUAAGGUCAAACUCCUUUUCAGGGAAGACCCGCGAGGCAUUACAGAAAAUGGGGCUUGCAGCUUCUAAUGGCUAAGUUGGGGUGGUCAAUUGCGUUUUGACCCGAUUUAGAGCUAUGUAGUGUUUAUACAGUUAUACCUUGGUGGAUGAUUCUAUGGAGAAUGUUUAAAGAGUUAGUUAGAUAUGGCAUCUGUACAUCCUGUUCUGUUAUACUGAGCUCCAAGUCACGGUUGGUUUGACUCUGACCUUGUGAGGGACAGUUUAGUGAAGUUAUGUAAAUAAAUGCCGAGUUUUGUUUUCCACAGAUGUGAUUAAAAUAGAGAAUUUCAUUUACUUUAUGUUCGGGAUUCCCAUAAAUUUACCAUUUUAGUAUUCCAAUUAUCCAUAUGGACCCAACAUAUGAUAAUAAUUGUUUAUCAUGGGCUAGAGGUGACAACUUUUUCACUGAUGUAUCAAUGUAAAAGCUCUGUAUGUUUUUACUC